UACAUCGCAGUUCCUCUCCUGCAAUCAUCGUUAAAACAAAUGUUUCCUAGCCUCUUGUAACCCCCAUUCUCCUCCCUCCAAGAUUCCUCCCCGCUCUGUUACUCUCUCUAGCGCCUCGCUGUGGAAGAGUGAGAGUUGUGGUUAGGCUGGAGGUAAGGUGAAAGAGAAGGAGCCGAGAAGUAGGUGGAGGGAACAGUAAGAGGAUGGACUGUGGCGAGGGAGGAGCCUACGACAGCGGUCUCUUGACUAGUCUCCAGUGUGUGCUUCUCCGCUCCCUCCCUUGACGCUUCAGCCCCACACAUUUAGAUACAACUGAAGAUUAUAUUGCGAAAAGUGUCUUAAUUCAUGUUGGUUGAGGGUGUUAGAGGAAUUCUGAAAAUAAACCUCAGUUUAGAUAUUUGAACUCAGACGAAAAUUACAUUUGAAGCCGUAACUCGUGUGAACCUGAUUAAUUGUAUGCAUACGGCUGGCGUGUGUGAGAGUGUGUAUGUGGGUGCAUGCAUGUUUAUGCGUGCAUGAAUGCGUGCGAGCGUGUGUAAGGGUUUCUUACGACAUGGUAGCAGUGAUAAAAAUCCUGCUAGUGACGCUGGUAUUGGGCGCGGCGCUCAGUCAUGCUACUCACCGCACGGCUCAUGCAACUCUGCAGUUACGCCACCAGACAAACCUUUGCAUAGCUUUAGGAGGGGAAUGCCUGAGACGACAACGAUCCUGUAGUGGCCGGACGCUGCCGUCCCUCUUGUGUGGGUCUCGGGGUGGAACCUGCUGUAUCAGCGGCUUCGAAACAUUCAUGAAAACAUUUCGGAAGCCUCUGAAGAGAUUGCCGGUACGGGAUGUUUGCCAUAAAACCACCAAAAAGUGUAACAGGAGAGGCGGCAGAUGUAUAUCCUCCAGCAGCCCAUGUAACACCUACGCUGCGAGGAAAUUUUGUUCUGGAUACUCCUGCACUUGCUGUUUUGGUGACCAUAAGGCCUGUACAUCUACGCCGGCCUGCAAGGGAGGGUUCUGCUUUAGAGGGACCAACAAGAAGGUGUGCCACGGGGGCAGGAUCAUCCGUUCUGGCUGUACAGGCAGCAGAUGCUCCUGCUGUAUACCGAAAGGAUCUCAAAGUGGUAAUGCAGAUCAUUGCAUAUGCGGCAAAAUUAACGAGAAUCGCAUCUACGGCGGCUCUGAUGUGGCUCCUCCUCACAAGUACCCGUGGUUGGUUGGGCUACGGGUCCCGCCUUAUAAGCAGAACCACUGCGGUGGCAGCAUCAUCAGUAGCACCUAUGUACUCACCGCCGGCCACUGCCUUUAUGAAGGAAAUAGUGGAGAACUUUAUGAUCCUGUUAAAGUGAAAGUCAGAGUGGGAGAUCACAAUCAGUUUUCGCACUUGGAUGACGUGAAGGGUGUCACUCAGGAAGUGGACGUGGAGGAAAUAAUUCCCCACGAGUAUUUCAUACCAUACCGACCUUAUCAUGACAUUGGCCUGUUGCGCCUGAAAAUUCAGCUGGAUCUCGCAUCCCAUCCAGAAGUGGGGGCAGUGUGUUUGCCACCCAGCGCUGCGCUCACUUACGAAGGUGCAAAAGGCGUGGCGAGUGGGUGGGGUGUUAUAAAGGAAGACACCAACGUUGCUUCUGCUGUAGCGCAGGAGGUCACCAUUCCUAUACUGGGCCCUACAUGCAAAAAUACCCAGUAUGGAGAUGUGACUUUGACUUCAAAUAUGUUGUGUGCUGGCGUGGAAGAAGGAGGAAAGGACACAUGCGUUGGCGAUUCCGGAGGGCCGCUCACUGUAAAGGAAUACAACCGUCACAUCAUCGUUGGGAUUACCUCCUUCGGAAAAGGAUGCGGCAAACCUCACUCCCCUGGUGUGUACACGCGCAUAACCGGCUACCUCUCCUGGAUAAGAAGCAAGGUCCAAGACACUUGUUUAAAUGCAUGAGUGAUGUAUAUUUUAUCAUGCCAGAAUUUAUUUAGAA